GUGACGGCCAAAAGAGGGCUAUUUGGUUCCUAGAACUGCUCAAGUUUUGAGAUACAAGAUGAAGCAAGAUGCUACAAGAAAUGCUGCCUACACUGUGGAUUGUGAAGAUUAUGUACAUGUGGUAGAAUUUAAUCCCUUUGAGAGUGGGGAUUCAGGAAAUCUAAUUGCAUAUGGUGGCAGUAAUUACGUGGUUAUUGGCAUGUGUACGUUUCAGGAGGAAGAAGCAGACAUUGAAGGAAUUCAGUACAAAACACUGCGGACAUUUCACCAUGGAGUACGAGUUGAUGGCAUAGCGUGGAGCCCAGAAACCAAACUCGAUUCACUGCCUCCAGUAGUCAGAUUUUGUACCUCAGCUGCUGAUAUGAAGAUUAGACUUUUCACUUCAGAUCUUCAAGACAAAAAUGAAUAUAAGGUUUUAGAGGGCCACUCAGAUUUCAUUAAUGACUUGGUGUUCCAUCCCAAGGAAGGCAACGAAAUUGCAAGUGUAAGUGAUGACCACACCUGCAGGAUUUGGAGCUUGGAAGGGAAGCAGACAGCUCAUUUUCUUCUUCAUUCUCCUGGAAUGAGUGUGUGCUGGCACCCUGAGGAAACUUUUAAGCUGAUGGUUGCAGAAAAGAAUGGAACGAUCCGGUUUUAUGAUCUAAUGGCCCAACAGGCAAUUUUAUCUCUUCAGUCAGAGCAGACACCAUUAAUGUCAGCACACUGGUGCUUGAAAAACACCUUCAAAGUUGGUGCUGUGGCAGGAAAUGAUUGGAUGAUUUGGGAUAUCACGCGGUCCAGUUAUCCUCAAGAGACAAGACCUGUUCACAUGGAUCGAGCACACUUAUUUAGGUGGUCUGCAAUUAGUGAAAACUUAUUCGCAACCACUGGAUAUCCUGGCAAAAUGGCAAGUCAGUUUCAAAUUCAUCAUUUAGGACACUCUCAGCCCAUCCUCACCGGUUCUGUAGCUGUCGGAUCUGGUCUUUCCUGGCAUAGAACACUGCCACUGUGUGCAGUUGGAGGAGACCACAAGCUCUUGUUUUGGGUGACCGAAAUAUGAUUUUCCUCUGUAGUUUUGAUCCUACACUUUGUAUUUUUAAUAUAUAUUUUGGAGAAACCCUUAUUUUUCUAUCAAAUAUACUGUAAAUCUAAAUGUCUCAGUUGUCUUUUCUAAUAAAUAAAAUGACAAAA